CCGAAAAAUGGAUCAAAUGCUACCAAGUCCUGGGUUCUCGAUACCCAGUAUCGGAACUCCUCUGCAUCAACUAGAAGAAGAUCAGCAGAUUUUGCCAAACGCCCUUCAGCAGCAGCAGCCCUCGUCUUCACAGCAGUCGUAUCCAUUGCAGCAGCUACACACGAUGAGUCCGAAUCUGCAAAGUGGAAUGUUCCCGAUGUCAACACCUCAGAAAACAAUGCAUACUUAUGCACCUACUCCAUCAUUUGUUACUCCGCAGAGUAUGAUGACUCCGCAGACUCCACAAAAUAUGAUGUCACCAGCCGUACAACCUUCUAGCCAACUAGCACCAACAGGAUCUCCAGCAUCCGGUAUCGUUGCGUCCCCUAGUCCAAUGACACCAGCAUCCGCAAUGACUCCAGCGUCUGCUGAUCCUGGAAUUCUACCUCAAUUACAAAAUAUUGUCUCGACUGUGAACCUCAACUGUAAGUUGGAUCUUAAAAAAAUAGCCCUGCAUGCCAGGAACGCUGAGUAUAAUCCAAAACGUUUCGCGGCGGUAAUUAUGAGAAUACGUGAGCCCAGAACAACGGCACUGAUAUUCAGCAGUGGAAAAAUGGUCUGCACUGGAGCUAAAAGUGAAGAAGACUCAAGACUUGCUGCUAGAAAAUACGCUCGUAUUAUUCAAAAAUUAGGCUUUCCUGCUAAAUUCUUAGACUUUAAAAUUCAAAAUAUGGUUGGAAGUUGUGAUGUCAAGUUUCCAAUAAGACUCGAAGGAUUAGUUCUUACACACGGACAAUUCUCUUCAUAUGAACCAGAAUUAUUUCCUGGUCUUAUUUACCGUAUGGUAAAACCUAGGAUUGUACUACUGAUAUUUGUUUCCGGCAAAGUUGUACUUACAGGGGCUAAAGUAAGGACAGAAAUCUAUGAAGCCUUCGAUAAUAUAUAUCCGAUCCUAAAGAGUUUUAAAAAACAAUGACACUCUUUCACCCUGAUUAAUAUAUAUAUAUAUAUUAAAAUAACACUUAUCGUUUAAGUAAAGCCUCAUAAAUAUUUAUUGACUAAAAAGAAAAAAAUAUUAAGUCUCAGCUAUAAAUAUUUUACUAUGACUAAAUCAUUAAAAAAAAAUCAUUAUGACUGUGACGACAAACUCUAGACGAUACAGUUCAACGGUACCUGUAAGUUUUAUCUUUUUUCUACACAUUUUUUUUACUAUUAACGUCAUAAUUACUACAAUUACUAUUAGGCAAUCAAAUCGUAAAAAUUAUUUUUUUAUUGUAAAAAUUUUAAAACAAAAACAACAGAUAUUAAGGAAGUGCCUUCAAUUUUUCUUCCUUUGAAAAACUUCCAUUAAAACUCACGUUAAAAAUUGAGACCUCAAUUACUCUAAUUAAAACAAAAAAUACAUUAUAUUUAAAAGUUAGUUUAGCGAUAGAAUUUUUUUUGUAAAAAAUUACAAAAAAAAAAAUAACUAAUUAUAAUUUAUUAAUAACUAAUUAAGUGUACA